ACGCCACGCAAGCACCGCGGAAGGAACCGCGAUCACUCCCACCCAUCGGCACUCGCCACACUUCUCAAACUCUAGCCGCGUCACGAUGGCGCUCAAGGCAAACGGCCACCUCCAUGUCGGCGACGGCAGCCCCGACACGCCCGCGUCGUACUACUACGGCGAGGACGACAUCCACCCGCCCGAGCCCGAGGACAUCGACGACAAGCUGCGCAAACUCGGCCCGUACAGCGAUGUCGCGUCGCGCGUCACCGGCGUCAUUGCGCGCGAGGCGGCGGAGCGGAAGAACACGAUUGGGGGCGUGGACCACAUGUGGGUCAUGCUCUCGGACGUGGCGGACUUCAACCCUGCGUGUACCUCCAUAUUCACGCUGCGGAAUCGCGUUACGCUCGAGAUGUUGGCCGACCAAUUGACGAAACAGGGCGAGAAGUUUCCUCGGUAUCGCCAGCGACUGGAGGGUACCGGCCGUCUGCUGCAUGGCGCGACGUUUGUCGACGAUCCGGAUUUCAACAUUUUGGACCACAUCCGCGUCAAGACCCUUCCAGAACCCGCCGGAAAGCGUGAACUUGAUGCAUUGGUUGGCGAAAUCAUCGCAGAGCCGUGGGACCUCAGCGCACAGUUGUUCGAAGCAGUCCUCGUCGAGAACUACCACGACGAAGACGGCGCCGUUUGUGCAGUUAUUGCAAGAGGACACCAUACGCUCGCGGAUGGACAGGGCUUCGUGAUCAGCCAGCUGUACAUGACGUCAUACUACGACGACCUGCGCGACAUGAUGGACGGCGCAGCGAACAAGCUCAGCAAGGCCAAACGCGGCCUCCUCCUCCCCUCGGAGUACUCCAAGUCGCUCAAGCCUCUGGACCGGUAUAGCUCCGACCACCUCGCAGCCCCGCUCGUCCACCUCUUCCUCGGUCUCGUGUUCUGGCUCAUGAUGGUCUCCUCCAACUUGGUUUCUGUGUUUUGGAGCUCAUAUCAGGCGCUCCGCCUUGCGGCCUUCUUCCUGUUUACAUUUUGGCGCAUCGAGAUGGUCGUCGACGAGCAGCCGGGCAAGCGCACUGAGGACCGCGAGGCCUCUAGCUCGCAGGUGUUCAGCAUGCAGGACGUCAAGCUCUGCCAACAAGCGUUCUCCGGGCGGCGGCCGGGCGCGGCUGUCGCGGGCGUGCCAAAAGACCAGCGAAAGAACGUGCGGAGCAAGACAAAGCACGUCACGCUCAACGACGUUGUAUGCUCGAUCAUGGUCGACGUCCUCGCGGCCGAGAUCGAGGCCAAGCCCGCUCCACGUAGCACCUGGGGCAAAAUCAAGCGUUCGGUCAACAAGGUUCUACCAUCUCCGGUACCGUUCUUCAUCCCGAUCAGCAUCCGCGCGCCCGGCGACUGGUCGAUGCGCAACCUCUCCACGGGCUCGAACGUCUACCUCCAUCCCUCGCCCAAUCCCAGUGCAGACGCCUCCGUGCGCGCGAUAUACGAGCACAUCCACAAGUGCCGCCACGAGCUGUCGCUGUUCAAGCACAGCGUGUGGCCGAAGGUGUGCUUCCACAUCCUGCAACUAUCUGGGCAGGCCCCGGUCCUGUUCCCGCUGUCGUGGUUCCCGAAGCGCAAGGAGCACCUAUGGCAUGUGCGCUUCAUGCGCAGGUGGGUGCUCAAGCCUAUCGCGGACGCGUGCCUGCAGUCCUCCGGCGCGGGCGGCAUCAUCUCGGAGGCUUUCGUAGACUACAGGGGGACUUGGUACACUACAGGGGGACUUGGUACACUACAGCGGGUCUUCGUAGACUACACGGGGGCUUAG